UCCUGCCGAAAUAUUUCGGACGCUCGCUCCGGCCACUCUCGCGCGCGUGAGCCAGAGAGUUUGCCACGGGAAUCCUACCAACACGUCGCACUGACUACCACCACCACCACGGCCGGACCAACAACACCUUGUUGUUAUCGCAGUACGUAAGAAUCGAGUACAUUUAAUUGGUCGUCCACUUCUUCGUCUGCUCGGCCUGAAGCUGUGUGCGUGGUAUGUUCGGCUGGCGGUGGUGAUGUGGUGACACUUCUUUCGGUGGUGGUUUCUUCGCGCGGUUUGUGGUGAUGGUGGUGACGGUGGGGGUUGUUCGGUUGCUGGUUGUCGCGGCGAGUGUUGGUUCGGGGGCUUUUGUUGGCCAACUUUGAAGGAAGAGGAACGGAUGACAGGCUCAUGUUGGGACUUGGUGUGGAGAGGAGGCGAGGGCCACGUCGUGUCGGAGUGGAAAGUUGAGCGGAGCAGGCGGAGGAAAAGGGCAAGGAGUACGAUGACCGGCGCCGGCACGGCCUGGGCGGCGCAUCACGCCAUCGCCUCUGCUGCGCUCCUGCUCGGCCUGCUGUGGCUGCAAGGAUGCUCUGCGACAGAAGAGGAGGUCGUCCCAUGCACGGAAGGCAAGGAGGUGUUCAUGUUGGCGACCAACGCUCGCCUGGAUUCCAAGGUCUUCUCCGGCGUGUACGGUGUUAACCUGACGAACUGCGCCGAAUCGUGCCGUGCCGAGCCCCACUGCAAGUCGCUCACGUUUGUGAAGAACGCCACGAGCACGUACUGCCAGCUGAUGGGCGACGCGGUAGCUUCGGGCAUGGUCACCCACGAGCGCAUGCUGUCUCCCGUGAACGGCGUCUACUACCUCGAAAAGAUCUGCUUGAAAGGCGCCUGCGACCGGCUGUUUGUGGUCGAGUGGAUUCAGGGGAUGGAACUGGAAGGCCACGACAACCGGAUGCUGCACAAGGUGUCCAAGCAUGCCUGCCUGGAAGCCUGCUCGACCGAGACGAGCUUCGUCUGCCGGUCCGCCGAGUACGACGAGAACGCGCGCGAGUGCCGACUGAGCCGCUACGAUCGCUUCUCCAGGCACAUCCACUUCAAGAGGGCCGACCCGUCCGUCAGCUACUUCGACAACACCUGCGCGUACAAGCCAGUGAGCGGUGGGCACACGGCCGAGAUCCUCCUGCUGGGCAACGUGGAGCAUCCGUACAGCCUUGUGGAGUACCGCGGCCUCUCGGUCAGCGAAUGCGGCGAGACGUGUCUCAGGAACGCCCUGUUCCCGUGCCGCUCCUUCCUGUUCGGCCGGAGCUCCGACCGGGAGACCUUCUGCGGGCUCACCCACCAGAACAGGGCGGGACUCCUGCAGAACCCCGGGAGCUUCGAGCCUUCGCAGAGCCUCAACUACUACGAGAUCGCGAGGAACCUGGACGCCUGCGAUGACGAAGACGUCAAGUUCGAGCUGGUCUCGGGCAAAUACAUGACCGACCGUCCGAUGAAGUCGUCCCAGACGUCCUCUGCCCACGAGUGCCUCAACCUUUGCCGCGGCGAGCCCAAGUGCCGCUCGGUGUCGUACGACUACCGACGCCGCCUCUGCCACGCUCACUCGGACACGCUGAGGACGGGCGCCGACACCAACGUCAAGAACGACCCGCAGAUGAACUACUUCGAAAAGGUCUGCAUUUCGACGGGCAACGUGUGCGACAAGUACUGGGCCUUCGAGCGCGUUCCUGGCAAGGAGCUGGCCCUGGGCGCGGCCACGUCCAAGGUCAUCGUGGAAGCCAACACGAGGGAGGAGUGUCAGGCGGCCUGUCUGGCCCACAGGGACUUCCUCUGCCACUCGGCCGAGUUCAACUAUCAGCUGAGCGAGUGCAGGCUCAGCCCGUACUCUCGCUUCACCAGUCCAGCCGCCGAGGCGAAGCUGGAGGACUCCAAGUUCGUUGUGGACUACUUCGAGAACAACUGCUUCAAAGAGAUCCGCGGUUUCUGCAACACCAAGAAGUACCGGGACCAGGAACUCAUCCUGGCCGACUUGAUCAUCGGCACUCAGUCCCAGGAGGACUGUCUCCAGCGCUGCCUGCACAGCGGGGACUUUGUGUGUCGUUCCUUCAGCUUCGAGCGGGAGACGCAGACCUGCUUUCUCAGCCACCACACGCGCAAAUCGGCGCCCGACGGUGCCACGCUCCGCCUACCGGGCACGGACCUCGUAGAGCUCGGCGCCUGCUUUGACGUGUUCGUCGACUGCGAGCCUCAAGUGAUGAAGGCCCGCGUCAAGAGCAACAUGGUCUUCAAAGGCAAGGUGUACGCCCGUGGACGACCUACGACCUGCUCGCAGGACAUCAGCAGCAGCAUGGACUUCACCCUUCCCAUCCAGCUGUCCGGCUCCGACUGCGGCACCAUCAGCAAGACGGAGGGCCACUUCUCAAACGUGCUAGUCAUCCAGAGCAACGACCAGGUGGUGACGGCCAUGGACAAAGCCAUCGGGGUCUCUUGCACCUUCGAUGUCGGGAACAAGACCGAGUUUGCCGCAGCCAAGGUCUCGGAUCCCAAGCAGACGGACCGGAGCCGAGGCAAGCCGCCGCUGCCCGAACUCUCCCUGCACAUCCUGGACAUGCGAGGCAACGAGCGUGACUCCGUGUCGCUGGGCGAGCUGGUGCGGGUCCAAGUCCGCAUGUCCGAGGAAGAUACGUAUGGGAUAUUUGUCAAGAACCUUAUCGCUCGUGACGGCACCGGAUCGACGAACUUAACGCUCAUUGACAAGACUGGCUGCCCCGUGGAGGCGAAGAUGAUGCGCGAGAUACGCACGAUCGAUUCCCAGAGCAAGUCCCUGGAGAGCUACCUGGAAGCCUUCGCUUUCACCGGCAGCAGCACCCUCGAGCUGGAGGCUGAAGUGGUGACGUGUCUGGAACGCUGCAAACCCGUGCUGUGCCAGAUUCCGACCGGACGGCGGGAGGACGACAUCGAGACGGUGACGUCGUUCGGGCGACGCCGGAGGAGCGCGGACGACGACCACUUGUCCGAAGAGGAAGAGCUGACCAGAACCACGCUGUCCAAGAAGGUGUCCAUCGUGGCCAACGAGUUCGGGGUGGGCAGGCAGACGCAGGACAUCAGCUACGCCUUUCCGGUAACAGCACCGACAACGUCCGGGAAAACGUCCAGCAUGGAGGACCUCAUAGCCGAGCAGCUGGGUGUGGUCUGCUUCGAACCGACCACAUCGGCCGUCAUCGGAGGUCUGGCGUUGUUCCUGGAGGUGUUCGGCUUCAGCACGUGUCUUGUGUUCGCCCUUCGCAGGCGCAAAGACAGCACUAAGGACGAACCCAUCUGUUACGACAACAGUAUCGAAGGAUCCACGGACUUCCCAUCAUCAGCCCCUUACUGAGCGCCUCGUAAAGUCACAUCCAAGUGUCGGUGACUUCUGAAGACACAGCACAGCACGUUGUUUCUUAUGGAUACGUAUACGUGACACGAUCAAAAUCAAGGAGCUUAAUCCGUUUUGGAAACAUUGGCUUUAACAGGAUUGAUUGCAGACUGUCAUGUCAUCACAAAUUCUGCUUUUUUUAAGCCCUAUUUAUUUCCAUUCAAAAUUGAGUACGGUAACUCAGAUAUACCCUGACUUCUUGAUGAGGACAAUGAACGUAAAUUGUAUGCGAAACUUUGAGUAAGUCUCUGCCGGCAUUGUCCUGUGCCUGAGGACUUUCUUUUGAACGCACAGCGAAGUCUACGCGUCCUCUUCUGUGCUCCGCAAGCAACAGCACUCAUCGAACUGUGGAUGGGCAAGGUUCUCACUUAGGUCUUCAACGUCUCGAACAAUCCAACGUGCGUACUACUUAUCCAGAAACUGGUGUCGGACAAUGGUGUUUCCGACUUCUAGACUUCCAUCCUCCGUCAUGCCCUUAUGGACGUGGACACUUCGGACAGGGUCAACCUCGGCAGGAUCGUCUUCUCAAACCAUCCAGUGCUGUUUCCUGGGCGGGACCGACCGCUGCUACAACCUUCUUCUCCACUUUCGACAUUACGCGCGAUCGUUUUCUCGGCGUCCCUUACGAUGCAAGUGGUUUUAGUUUGAUGUCACAUCGCAGAGUUCCUUGGUGCACUCUAAGCCUACUUAUGUAACCAGUUAACCUCUUUUCCCAGCGGAAAUUCAGACUAGGCUCUUUUCCAAGCACCAUAUGUGCAGGGCUGGAGUAGUGUAAGGAAUCAACACUCAAUUUCACACAUUGAAUGCAAUGUAACGCAAAAGCCUCUUUUUUGCGAAAACGGCACAAAUAGCAGGGGGACGUGCAAAGCAAACGAGACAAUUAUUUAAAAAAAAAAGCUUUGGCAAGUGGAUGUCUGUGUACUUAAAACUGAUUCAAACGAUCAUUAACUAUUUAAGCCGACGAAAACAGUUGCAAUGUGGCUCAAUUUGGAAAUUUUCAACAUCUACAAAGGUCCAGCCCGCAUAGAAAUCUUGAAAAAGAGCACAUACAGUAUGUUUCUUCCACCUACGUUUAGAAUGAAAUUAUUGGUUUGGACAUCCUACCUCUCACGCAUUCUACCAAGCACAUGGAAAGAACAAAUCUAGUUAGAUUUGAUACAUCUUUACUAGCAGGUGUAGGCUCAUAGCGCACAAAGGACUCCCGUUACUGCAGUGUUACGUAUAUUAUACUGGCGCGUUUUGCUAGCACAAGGUGCUGGACAUUCUUGUGUUUAAAAGCAACAAGUGUAUUAGAUGAAGCAUUUACGCGAUGUUCCGGUGGUGAAGGGGUUCUCGUUUUCUCGUGGUGAGGGGUCAUUACAUUACGUUGUAUUUUUCUGUAGACCAGAUGGCGUCUUUUGCAAUUGUAAUUUGUGGCGAGGCGGGCAGUCUUGAAACUUACUUGUCCUUCUGUUUAUACGGCGUCUGUAAUUUUUUUUUUUGUUUACCGAUCUUACACGAGUUGUCAAAACAGGCAACAUCUCUACUAUGGUAGACAAAUGUUUCGCGAAUAGCGUAUCUUAGAAGUAUUAAUUUUUCCACCUCGUAGAGUUCGACAUGAACGGGCAAAAACACUUGCACCACACACAUGUUUCAUGGAAGGGCCAAAAAGAAAACAUUAGAAACCAAUUUUAGAUAUAAAAAUACUAUAUUGGAGUUGAGAGCAUGUCUUGAUCAUUUACGCACCUUAGGACAAGUAUCUCUUUAGUGAUGGGAUAUGACUAUUCAGGUUUUGGCACCACCCUUCGCACUUAGCAUUGAUUGUCUUUAGUGUGAAAGAGAACAUAUAAGCAUUGAUCGGGUAGAAGACAACUCACGUUUCUGACCACACCGGGAGAAGUGCCCGAGGUCUGCUGCGAAUCUGUUGCUAAUUACCUCCCAUAAACACUGACAGCCGAGCAUAUGAAAUGUUGUUUCGGACGUAAUUCUGAGGCAUGUUUUGAAGUCCAAUGACCCGGAUCUUUUGGUACUGAGAAUUCGUUCGCACUUUGUUGUGGCCAGACUAAAACAAAACGCUUGCUCACGAAGCGGAAUUUGGUGACACCGGUUGUUGACAAAAUUCUGGAGGAAUUACAACAACGUUGGUAUGUGCGCAUUGCUAACGGCAUCCGAGUGUGACCUCUUCGUAUGUAUACUUUUUUGUUGUUGUUGUUGGGGGGGGGGGGGGGGGGGGGGAAUUUACACUUUCUGGUUGAAAUGAAAGUCGAUGCCGUCUACCUCACUCAUUGGGCUCCCCAAAAGAGGGGAGAAUAACAGGUGUCUUCACAACAGAUGUAAAUUAGAAUAUCGCGUUAUCGCAGCCGGGAAAAAAACAUUCUUUGUCGGCAUCACAUCUACGAUGUGAUAUCAAUAUAUCUCGUGAAACUGAUGCACAUAUGUUCUCUUUCACACAAAGCACCAUAACGCUCGGUGGACAUUGACAUUUAAUUUAGGUCGAAUCUUCUCGGAACAAAGCCAGACUAAAACGUAGUCUAGCGCCCCCAAAAGCAAACCUAGACCACAACACGACUGACUCCGUCCACAAACUCUGCACAAAACACUCCCGUUGAAAGAGGCAGGUUUUUGCACCACCUCUUUCUCUCUCUCUUCUUAGCCGUCUAUGCGAGCGGAUCGACGCAGCGUGGUGUGUAUACACCUACCACCAGGCUCUCAAAGGUAUUGCUGUUUUCGUUUCCUUCGCCAAAUGGGGUGGCCGAAUGCUUCCUAAAUAAACACUCGGCAGAACG